AUGGCGGCGGCGGCGGGCGGCGCGCGCCUAGCGGCCUGGGGCGGAAGGCUGCGGCGCGGGCUCGUGGCCGGCCGGGGGGCCUGGCCGGGCCGCGGGCCCGCGGCGGCGGCGGCGGCCGGCGUGGCCCUGGCGGGAGCGGGAGCGGCGUGGUACCACGGCCGCGUGAACGUGGCGGCGCCCCAGGGCGGCCUCAGCGCCGCCGCCCAGAAAAGUGUGGCCUCUGGAGAGACGACAGGGAAACCGUCCCCACGUAAGCAGCGCUUCCUGCAGUUCUCCUCGCUGGAGCACGAGGGCGAGUGUUACAUGACGCCCCGGGACUUCCUCUUCUCAGUGAUGUUUGACCAGAUCGAACGUAAGACUUCAGUCAAGAGGCUGACAAAUAAGGAUAUCGAGGAAGUACUGGAGGGAAUCAAAAGAGCUGGUUGUGGAUCAACUUUUUUUAGAGACCUUGGCGAUAAAGGGCUGAUUUCAUAUACCGAGUAUCUGUUCUUGCUCACAGUCCUCACUAAGCCCCAUACUGGCUUUCAUGUUGCGUUUAAAAUGCUGGAUGCAGAUGGUGAUGAGAUGGUUGAGAAAAAGGAAUUUUUUAAGCUGCAGCAGAUCAUAAGUAAACAGGAUGACUUGAAGACGACAACAGCUAAUGAAACAGAAUGCCAGGAACCUACAGUGAAAGAACCUGAAAUUAAGACAACCCUUCAGCUACGUUUCUUUGGAAAAAGAGGAGAAAGAAAACUUCAUUAUAAAGAAUUUCGAAGGUUUAUGGAGAACUUACAGACGGAGGUCCAAGAAAUGGAGUUCCUUCAGUUCUCUAAAGGUUUGAGUUUCAUGAGAAAAGAAGACUUUGCAGAGUGGCUCCUUUUUUUCACUAACACUGAAAAUAAAGAUGUUUAUUGGAAAAAUGUGAGAGAGAAGCUGUCCGCAGGAGAGAGCAUUAGUUUGGAUGAGUUCAAGUCAUUUUGUCAUUUUGCGACCCACCUGGAAGACUUCGCUAUUGCCAUGCAGAUGUUUAGUUUGGCACAUCGUCCUGUCAGACUAGCGGAAUUUAAGAGAGCUGUGAAAGUAGCAACUGGACGGGAGCUCUCCACCAACAUUUUGGACACCGUCUUCAAGAUCUUUGACUUGGAUGGUGAUGAAUGUCUCAGUCAUGAAGAGUUUCUUGGGGUGUUAAAGAACAGGAUGCAUCGAGGUUUAUGGGUGCCGCAGCAGCUCAGUGUACAAGAAUACUGGAAAUGUGUGAAAAAAGAAAGCAUUAAAGGAGUGAAAGAAGUCUGGAAACAAGCAGGAAGAGGUCUUUUAUAGAAAAAGAUAAUGUGGGAAUUAUAUUACUCCAAGUGUCAGAAUUGGGGAUUUCUUAAAGUACUAGAUGUUCAUCUUAAAUCUUCAUUGAUUUUCUUUGUAAUAUAAAGAUGCCUCGUAUUCGCCUUCUGAUUCAGUAAUUGCUUAGUAAUAUUCCAUUACAGAACUUCGUAAAAAGAAAAAGUAUUCUUUUACGAAAACAGACAGUGGGUUCUGUUGGAAGGCCUAGGAUUGAAGUAACGCCCUGACUUUGAUAAGAUGGAAAAGCUAGUCAUACACCCAUGUCUCAGACACAGCAGCACAGCACGUUCUCUGCAGCAGUCAGCAGGGGCACAGGAUACAGGCCAGGACCAGUUGUGCACGUCCUGAUGCUCCUGGUUGGGCACACCAAGUCGGAACAUGCUGUGCCUUACAUCUCACAGGCUGCUUGUGUAUUUAUUCCAGUGACCUGUAUGUUAGUCGUCUUUAAAAUAAUAUGUAAAUUUCAAUAUUCUAUCUGGAAACAGAAUAAAGUAUU